AUGUUACAAAGUCACAAAUGUGUUAUGAUUGAGAGAGAUACAUAAAUCUGGAUCAUACUCAACCUUCAUGGUCAUGAUGGGUUAAUAUGGUAUGGAAUAUUAGUCAGUCAUUAGUGCGUAACUCAGUUUAAUCGCAAUCCUGUCCUAAGCUCAAAAGUUGAACAGAAAAAAGUAAAAGUAGGUUAAGCUUGAAGAAGCAAAGUCUGUAUCUUUCUCUUAUUCGACGAGGUGAAGCAAUGCUGGCCAAGACAAUUUUUACAAGAACCAUCCUUGUUUCGAGGUGUUUCGCAUCAGCUGCUUCAAAGACACUUAAAGUAGGAGAUGUUUUAAGAGAAGCAAGAGUGUACUCAAGUGAAGAUGUUAAGAGCUAUGCUGAGGUGAGCCAUGAUUGGAAUCCACUUCACUUCGAUCAAGAACUCGCCCGAAAAUCCGGAUUUGAGAACCGCCUUGUCCAUGGAAUGCUCGUGUCUUCCAUGUUUCCUCGUAUUAUCUCUUCCCAUUUCCCUGGAGCAGUGUAUGUAUCUCAAUCUCUGCAUUUCCGGUCACCAGUUCACAUAGGGGAUGAAAUUCUCGGUUUGGUACAAGCCACAGCUUUAAGAGAAACCAAGAACAAGUACAUUGUCAAAUUCUCAACCAGAUGCAUCAAGAAUAACACUGAACUGGUUGUCCUUGAUGGUGAAGCUACUGCAAUUUUACCAAGCCUCCAUAUGCUAUAGUCAUCAAGAUCCUAGGUCCGCAAGUUUAUUUUGAAUUUUUAAUUCAGUUUCAUUAUCUUUUUGAUAUUUUUUUUGUUCAGGAUUCUUUGCCGUGAUAUAUUGUUUUGAUAUUUAAAUUUCAAACUUAUACGUUGAGAUAA